AAAAACUCUUCUUCUCUCUCGUUAUGUGGAGCCAUUAGCUACCCCUCUGCUUUGCUGGCUUUUCCCUUCUCUGUUUUGGUAGUUUUCGGGGGUUUGUUUUUCUAAAACAGAACAGAAGAAGGAGAAAUCAUAAUAUUACACACAAGAGCUUUCAGUUCCGCCCAAUCGCCAGCAAACAUUCAUUCAAAGAAAACCACCCCCUUUUCUUUUAUCAUAUUCUUCUCCCUCCUUCUUCUCCUCCUCUCUCACUCUGUAAUAUCUCUCUCUCUCUUUCUCGGUCCAAAACUCCAGACCCUAUACAAUAAGUGACGGAAGAAGAAGAAGAAGAGGGCUUCUCCUCCUCAUCUGUUUCUAUCUGAUUUGAUAGAUCCCUAGAUCUAACGCUUUCGCAAUCACAUGUCUGUCUCUUACUAGAUCUUAAUCGUUACCAGCUGUAGAACAGUAGAGGAGACUGUAUAGCUGACCAAGUCCAGAUAUUAGGGAGAUAAUACAGCCAAGUAUAACAGAAAAACAAAACAAAAUACGAGGAGUAGAAGGCAGGUUUGAAUUUUUUUUGGGGGAGGGUUAAUUUUUGGUUGUUGCAUCCUUAGUUGGAUGUGUAAAAUUGGAGAUUGGUGUAGGUGGUGAGAUGAGGGAUGUUAUCUGUAUUGAUGAACCUUCUGAGGGCCUGUUGGCGGCCAUCAUCGGAUCGUUAUGUUCAUUCAGGUGGGGAUUCAGUAGGUCGGCAAGAAGGACUACUUUGGUAUAAAGAUACUGGGCAACAUUGGAAUGGAGAAUUUUCAAUGGCUGUAGUUCAAGCCAAUAAUUUACUUGAAGAUCAGAGCCAGCUUGAAUCUGGGUCUCUAAGCAAUUACGAUUCUGGUCCGUAUGGGACUUUUAUUGGAGUUUAUGAUGGACAUGGGGGGCCUGAGACAGCACGUUUCGUCAAUGAUCACCUCUUCCGCCAUCUAAAGAGGUUUGCUUCAGAGCAAAAAUCUAUGUCUGCAGAUGUUAUCCGUAAAGCUUUUCUAGCGACUGAAGAAGGGUUUAUCUCUGUUGUGUCCAGACGAUGGUCCACUAAUCCCCAAUUUGCAGCUGUUGGAUCUUGCUGUCUUGUUGGGGUCAUCUGCGACGGGACUCUCUAUAUUGCCAACGCUGGUGACUCCCGAGCUGUCUUGGGGAGACUUGAUAAGGCAACUGGAGAGAUUUCGGCUCUUCAACUAUCUACAGAGCACAACGCCAGCAUAGAGUCUGUGAGACAAGAGCUGCAUGCUUUACACCCUGAGGAUCCACAUAUUGUAGUUUUAAAGCACAAUGUGUGGCGUGUUAAGGGCCUCAUACAGAUUUCCAGAUCUAUUGGUGAUGUAUACUUGAAAAGGGCUGAGUUCAACAGGGAGCCUUUAUUUGCUAAGUUUCGUCUUCGAGAUCCCAUCAGAAGGCCUAUACUAAGUGCUGAACCAGCUAUUUCUACUCAGGCAUUGCAGCCACAUGAUCAGUUUCUUAUAUUUGCAUCUGAUGGGCUUUGGGAGCACUUCACCAACCAGGAAGCAGUUGAGAUGGUUCAAAAGCACCAGCGUAAUGGAAGUGCUAAGAGGCUUGUGAAAGCUGCACUGCAGGAAGCAGCAAAGAAGAGAGAAAUGAGAUACUCGGAUCUGAAGAAAAUCGAUCGUGGGGUCCGUCGUCAUUUCCACGAUGACAUCACGGUUGUAGUGGUUUUCCUUGAUACAAACCUUGUGAGCAGGGCCAGCUCGGUAAUAGGUCCAACUAUAUCUGUUAGAGGGGGUGGGGUUACCAUACCUUCAAACACUCUUGCUCCUUGUGCCACCCCCGUCGAACUUGGUAUCACCUGAUAAGACCUACCUGUAUUCUCUUGUUAUAUCAACUGUGGACCCACCCAGAUCUCCUUCCUUACUAGGGUAUGCCGUCGGGUAAUUUUCUUGAAGGAUAGAGGGGAGCAGGCUUUUCAAUUCUUGGACAUGAACUGUAAUAUCUGACUGAGAGGAUGGGCACUCGAGUUUCUAAGCGACAGAAACAAGGAAAAACGAAGCGAGAUAGAGAGAUAUAGAUAGAGAGCUUCAAGGUGAUAAAGCUCGAAUUACAUUAGGACAGUUUCUUACUACUUAUUCAAUUUUCUUUUCUUCUCUCUUUUUGAGGUGUUUUAUCCUUUGUAAAUUGUGUGAGACAACAGCCUUCUAAAUCUAAAAUUUUCUCCAUUUUCAUUCCA